AUGCAGCCACCCCUGUCACAACAGCUGGGAUUCCUCGCCAUCGCCGGCGACGCGAAGGUCCAGUUGACUCCAGAAUGGUCCCCUCCACCCACCCCGACAGCGUCCCUCCUCAGCAUUGCAUCCCGAAAGGGCCUCGUGGCUGCCGCCGGUCCGGAUGCCGUAUAUCUCUCUUCAACCGAGUCGGCGCGGAAGGCCUUCUCGGCUGAUAAGACUGGGGACACCGAAUUUAGGGCAUUCGAGCCCCAAGUCAAGAUACCCAUGCCCAUGCGGAUAUCACACCUCGCAUUCACCCCAGACGAGCAAUUCCUGAUACUUUCGGCCGAGCAGGGCGGCGGGCUGGCUGUCUACGAGACGCAGGCGCUGCUACAAGGAUCUUCGCAGGCCACCUUUGAGAUCUCGACUAGCGGGGAGAGCAUCAGGGCCCUGAUACCAAAUCCCAUGCCCGAGCUGGCGGAAUUAUGCGCCGUUGUGACCACGAACGGCAACCUUCUAAUAGCCAACCUGAAGGACAAGUCACUCGUCAGCGGUCCAAACGGCCCAGUCAUUCGAAACCAGGUUGCGUGUGGCGCAUGGAGCACCAAGGGCAAACAGCUGGUCGCGGGAUUGUCUGAUGGCAGUGUCGUCCAGAUGACUCCUGACGGAGCUGAAAAGGCACAGAUUCCCAAACCGAGCGCGUUCGGGGACGUACAUGUGUCCUCGAUAUCUUGGCUAGAGAACCAUGUCUUCCUCGUCAUCUACACAGAGAACACAGGCGAACCGCCCGCCUCGGAGUACUGCAUCAUCACGCGGCAGACGGCACCAGGCCAGUCAGCAUCUUUCACAUCCCGGAAAUUAGUCGACCCAGUUCUUCCCUAUGGAAACGAGAAGGCGCCGCACCACACCGUCCUGCGCCUGCGAGACUACCCACCAAACAUCCAAGACAUGCUCAUUGUCGCAUCCACGGCCCAUGAUGGAAUUGGGCUGCUCACACGAUCCAAGGCGCCGUUGGCCAGUGACGUGCCUGCAGAAGCCAUCACGAACGUUUUCACGACAACCGAGUUCACCGAUGACUCCAAGAGGGCUGAGGUGCCUUCGGACCCCAUAGAAUACACUCCUACCUAUCCCAUCGGAGUUUCGCUAGACCUGUCGAGCAAGGAGAGCGUGUACAGGCCGAUACCUCAAGAUGAGGAGUACGAACAAUCCCCUGGACCUCUUCCUGCGCUGUGGGCGCUCAACUACAGCGGUGUUUUGUCUGCUUGGUGGGUAGUGUACAACGAUGCCAUCCGAGAGGGCAAGACAUAUCCCGGCAUGGCCGUGGCUGAAGGUCAGACUUCUGCACAACCAGCCGCACCUGCCGCCACGCCAUCAGCCUUUGGAUCGCAGCCAGCAGGCUCCCCUUUUGGCGGAUCAUCUGCCUUUGCCACCACCGCACCUGCUCUGGCUCAACCGGCCGGAGCGUCCAAUCCCUUCGGAGGAGCGGCGGCAGCUUCUUCAACCCCUACGUUUGGAGCGCCAUCGUUUGGCGCACCGAGUGCGCUAGGAGCUCAGCCAGCUGCUGCAUUCGGGCAAUCUGGCGGGCUGGGAGCCAAGGUCUCGCCCUGGGCUAAGGCUUCCGCGGGUGGAGCUGCCCCGGCCUUUGGUUCCCCUGGGUUCUCCAGCCCCGCGGGGCCUGCGACGGGGGCUUCUACAGGUGGCAAGGUCUUUGGUAGUGCAGCCCCUGCCAAUCCUUCAACGGGCGGUGGUUUUGCUUCAUUCGCCAGCAAGGGUGGCUUUGGAACUCUGGGUGGGGAUAGCGGCAGCGGCAGCAUCUUUUCCAAGCCCUCCUCGUCGCCAAGCCCGUUUGGUGCAAGCGCAAGUGGCCAGAGUGUCUUUGGUAGCGGUGGGAGUGCGUUUGGGAGCGGUUCAGGCACCUUCGGCUCAAGGGAGACGACUAACAACACCGCAUUCCCUCCCUCGAGCUCGACGCACAAGGAAGGCUCUGGUCUCGGCUCCACGCCAUUUGUCCUGGGGACGACUUUCAAAGCAGACACUGCUUCUGCCAAUGACAAUGAGAAACCCAGUGGAAAGGGUGGAUUUGGGCUUGGAGGCUUUGGGUUGUCACUAGAUGAUGCUGCAUCAAAACCGGCUGAUUCAAACAACUCGUCUAAAGACGAAGAUAUGGAUGCGCAGACCACUCCGGUUGAGCAAGAAAAGCCAAAACCUUCUCUAUUUGGGGGAUCUCAACCGAAAGAGAAAUCAGAAACCUUGUUUGGCGGGCAGUCUCAAGAAUCCACAACACCAACGUCGACGCCCGCGCCAUCAAAGUUCUUCUCAACCGACUCCACGGCCUCGAAACCUAACCCGUUUUCUGGCCAAGCCAGCGCGAGCAGUCCUUUUGGAUCCGCUUCUGCCAAACCCAGCCUCUUCGGAUCCAACAAUGACGCAAGCAAGCCAAAACAAACGCCCAAUCCUUUUGCAUCGAUGUCUAGCGACAAACCCAACCCAUUCGCGUCGGCGUCUCAAAGCAAACCGAACCCUUUCUCACUGAAGAGCGAGAAGGCAGAAACCCCAGAGGCCGCAGAAGAUGCGCCUCUGCCGCCGGAAUCAACAAGUAAGGCCGUGUACCCAUUUGGAGAUUCCUCGUCUUCUUCUACAGCUUCCGCUAAAUCUGCAGAAGGUCACAAGAAGGCCGGCGACAAAGCCUCCGAAUCAGUCAAAGGCGUUCCACUACCGCCUGAUUCCUCACCGGGGGCUAAGGAGACAUCAAAGGAUACCGACGAGUCCUCACUGCCCCUGUCAGAACAAGGGACUCCUGUCGUGGAGGACGCGCCGCUACCGCCCUUCCCUACGAAGUCCAAGCCUGAAGCUACUGCAUCCAUAUUUGGUACAAAACAAGCACCGGCGGUUCCUGACGGCGCUGAUAGUGCCGAGUCCAGUUCACAGCACGAUGGAAGCCAGAGCGAUGCUGAAGAGCCCGCAGGCGAGGAUGAGGGCGACGAGGGCGAAGGUGAAAGCGAAGGCAGUGGUAUCGACGUUGCAAAGGACUUGAGCCCCAACUCGACAGGCGCGGGCCAGGAACAGGGCACCACGCCUCAGAGCUCAUUCGGAGGUAUGGGCGGGAGCACGUUCUCCAUGGUCUCUAGGACGGAAGCGUCACAGCAGCAGCGCUCUUCCCUGUUUGGUGAAAUCAACCGGAGUGCGCCGGUAUUUGCGAAGCCUGCUCCUACCAGCCCACGCUCCCCGAGCCCUGUCAGGGGGGCAGUCCCGCCGCGGAUGUUCCCGGCCGAUGGCUCACGGUCAGUCAGUGCUCCUGGAAUGGCGUCACAGAUCUUGGGAGGCUCCCGGCCUCAGAGCUCCGGACACGGCGCCAAGACGAUCAGCACAAGGUUGCAGCCCCAGGAAGACCCCAACAUUGUGCUGCAAAGGCAGGCAAAGCAGAAGCAGGCCGAGCAAGACGUGCAGGGGUUGGACGACGACGAUUUCGAACACGUGCAGAACCUGCUCCACACCGAGGUUCCGCCUUCGCUGGACAUCGGCGAGUUCAAUGCCUUCAACAGCGUCACGGCAGACGUCCACGCGUCGACUGUGGCUGCACAGGUAGAGGCAUUGUAUCGCGACAUCAAUGGCAUGCUGGUAACCUUGGGCCUCAACGCUCGAGCACUGAAAGGCUUCAUCAAGGGGCAUGAAGAGCGCCGCGACGAAAAGACCAAGGAUGACCUCGCCAACCCUGACGACUGGGUCCUGUGCGAGGCUGAAGAUCUCAGCGUCAUUCUCGAUGAGAAGCUGGGCCCUGAGUUGGAAGACGGCCGUCUCCAAGACGUCGACGACACCUGGGACAUGUGCCAGGGUCUCUUCCGGGAGAUGCCCAAGCUCCGCGCGAAACACCAAGAUGUCAAGCGCAUCCUGGGAAGUGUCCUCGAUCCUGACCAAGCCGCCGCACAGCGAUCCAUGCCUCUGAACGCCGAGCAGGCAGCGCAGCAGACGGAGCUCCGUCAGUCAUACGCCCAGCUGAUCAGGCUCGUGACCGACGCCGAGGGCGCAUUGACCAUGCUCAAGACGAAACUCGCCUCACUGGGCGGUUCCUCUGGCAAGCCCGCCGCCGUGCCGACGGUUGACGCCGUCAUGCGCACCAUCACGAAGAUGACCUCGGCGGCCGAGAAGCGCAGUGGCGAUCUUGACGUGCUGGAGAGCCAGAUGCGCAAGCUGCGGUUCAACAACUCGGUCGGGCCUCCAAGCCGUGAAGGGUCUCCAUUCAUGACACCGCCUUCUAACAAGAGGCAGUCUCUCCUCAUGAGCUCUUCCACCCAGUUCACACCUUCACCGCGCAAGAGCCUGAUGAGCUCGGUCGGUUCGCUCAACGGCAGUGCGCGGGCCACCCCGGGGCCGUCGCCACGGAAGAAGAUCAGCGGGUUCACAGACGAGGACAAGGACGUUAUCAGAGGCAAGAUGCAGAAGAGGCAGGCUGUGCUGGGUCGUCUACGCAACAAAUUGAUGGAGAAUGGACCCAAGAUGUCGAGGUAUGAGGGUGGAAAUUGA